AUUAAAUGUAAUUAUUCAAGAAGGUCAUUUGACUAAUUCGCGUGCGUGAGCAAAUGAGGCCGGCUGGAUAUAAAAAAAAAAAAGAACAGAAGAAAAAUAUGAAAAUUGGCGGGAAGUGAAGGGGACAAUUCAUGACGGGCGAUUCUGGCGGGAGCAUGAAAAAAAUACGUCUACGCUUAAUACGCUGUACGGAUUAAAGAUUAAUAAGAUUAAUGUAAAAGGAUUUAAGAAGGUGUGGUAUCCGAAUAAAGUUGUAUUGUCGCCAAAGGAAUUUUAUUACACUUCAGAAGUGAUAAUGCCUAGUGACAAGGAUAGUUCGAAUCGGAGGUUGGCCACGCCAUCUCGUGGGCCCCAUGACGAGGCGGGGAGGCGCAGCCGCAGCCGCAGCCGCCGUGAUGCCCUGAGUCGGAGCAGUCGCUGCGAGCCGGACCGCGGCCGCAGCCAGAGCUUCAGUGAUCGGGAGAAGGAAUUGAAGCUGCAGCAGGAACGGGUUCGUACACUAGAGUUCGAACUUGAGAGGGAGAGAAGCGUGCGACAGUCGCGUCGGUACUCGCCACGUUCUUCGCGGCAGCACUCCCCAGAGCCCGACCAGCCGCGAACUCGUGUCUCUGAUUUACCUCGAGAUUCUUCUUCACGUCGAAUCCUUCAACGACAAUACGAUAGCAACGAUAGAUGUUCACAAUCUCGAUCACAUAUUGAUACGCGACGUGACGUCAUGCGAGCUACGCCGCCACUACGCGAACGUACCCCUGUUUUCACGGCCGGUGAUGUGGCCAAUAUUAUAAAUUCAUUAAAAUAUUCCAAACCUCAGCCGUCACCAGCGAACACUCCCGCUCUAAAUACUAGUCAAACAAAAAGCAAAAACAUUUUGCCAGAUUUUGAUCCUUCUUCAAAAAAUCAAAGAGUAGAUAUAUGGCUUAAGAAAGUAAACGAGAGUGCUGCUGUUUACGGCUGGGACGAAAGAACCACUGUCUAUUUCGCCAUGCAAAAGCUCCAGGGGCUGGCCAAGGUCUGGUACGAAGGAUUAAAUUCUAUAUUAUUUAGCUGGCCUGAAUGGCAAACCAAAUUACUUAGCGCUUUCCCGUGUGAACAGAACUACGGCCAGGCCCUGGAAGACAUGUUAAAAAGGAAAAGUAGAUACAAUGAACCUAUUGAAUUGUACUUUUAUGAAAAGUUAGCUCUCGUGAACCAGUGUGACAUAGAAGGCAAGCGGGCAGUAGAUUGCAUUAUACAUGGACUUAGCGAUAAAACUGUAAAGACGAGCGCGUUGGCUUUGAGAUGUACUAACCCUGAACAGUUACUACAAUUUCUCAUGAGCAAUAAGGAAAAUCAUCCUUUUGUAGAGCACAAUAUGGAUGAGAACAACAAAACUAAUGAUGAACAAUCUAGUAAUUCAAAUAGUCGCCCGCCGGUGGACAAGACUGAAAGGUCACAGUUCACUUCUUCAUGCUUCAAUUGCAAGGAGCCCGGUCACCCUUUCUUUAAGUGCCCCAAACCUCUCAUUAAGUGCACUCAGUGUGACAAAUUAGGCCACACUGCUGAUAAGUGCAAUUCCAAAGUAUCACAGGACAAUAAAGGACCACCUUCAAAAACGAUGUGCAUCCACACUAAAUUCUAAAUCACUAAAUAUUGAUUGGUAAACCAACUCGUCAAUUCUUGUUACGGUAGCCUUUAUAAGAUCAAGGAUAAUACAGUGAAUAUAUGCAUUGGACCCAUAUCCUCUGAUUGUAGCAUACUUUCUCAUGGCGUAUUGGCUCGUGCUCUGAAAAUCCAAGCAGACAAUUGUAUAAUUUUACCUAAUGAAGAGGGCGUCAGGGCGUUGGCAAUCAGAAGAAGUUGCUUCAUUUGCUAGAACGGUUAAGUCAUUGUUUUGCGUCUAACUUACAACAGUUGGGAUGCACUGCCGUGUUGUGGCCGAUAUCGGCAACGAACGAUAUAGGGUUGCAGCUGUUCCCGGUCUGAUCAAUUCAAAAAAUAAACGUAAAAUCACUAUCGCUGCCGACAGAAUGUUACCAUGGGUUCACGUAGUUGCUUUAGAAGUUAAUAUUGAUAAUGAUUCAGAUGAUGUUAGUAUUGUAUCUGCAAAUGAUGACCUUAAAAUAUGUUUAUAGAAUGAGUAGGUAUCGUUAUUUUGUUUUUUUUUUGUUGAUGCGAGAUAGUGAAUUGUACAACAUAAAUCGUUUUUGUUGUUGAUUGUUUAAUAUCUAGUAGGUAGGAGAAUAAUUUUGGUCUUACAUGUAAUGAAAUGCAAGAUUUCCUAUAGGUUAAUAUAUAAGUUUACUUACUUCCUUUUAUGUAUUAUUACUUAUCCACGAUAUUCCUUUGAAUUCGAAUGAACUCUUUAGUCUAAGAUGAUACAUGUAAUUAAUUAAGUAAUGAUAAUUUCUUAAAUUAUGCGAGAAAUGAAUGGUUCGCUAUUUAGAUUGAGUGUCUGUGAGAAACGAAGGGUUCACAUGACAAUCAAUUUUCAGUUAAAUAUGACCUUGCGAUAAAUGAAUGACUCGUUCUGGUCAUCUAAAUGUGAGAAAUGAAGGGUUCACAUGACAACCAAUUUUCAGUUAGAUAUGACCUUGCGAUAAAUGAAUGACUCGUUUUGGUCAUAUAAAUGUGAGAAAUGAAGGGUUCACAUU